AUGUCACGAAGAACGCCGAAUCCAGCUGCAGAGCGGGCUGCUCAGAAUGCCCAAACGAUCAAGAGUCUCUUAAAAUUAGAGGGUAAUAAAAUAUGUGCCGACUGCAAAAGGAACAAGCACCCGAGAUGGGCUUCUUGGAACCUUGGGAUUUUCAUUUGCAUAAGAUGCUCUGGCAUUCAUCGAGGUAUGGGAACGCAUAUAAGUCGGGUCAAGUCCGUUGAUCUCGAUGCAUGGACAAAUGAGCAACUAGAAAGUGUCUUGAAAUGGGGAAACUCGAGAGCGAAUAAGUACUGGGAAUCGAAGCUUGCUGCUGGUCAUGUCCCAUCUGACUCCAAGAUUGAAAACUUCAUCCGGACUAAGUACGAAACGAAAAGGUGGGUAAUGGAAGGACCAAUUCCAGAUCCAUCUGCUCUUGAGGCAGAUGAAGAUGAGGAUGUGCCAUUGAGGCUUAUUAAAGAAAAGCAAGAUAUCGAACGCUCGACUCUGCAGGCGGCCGGACCUCCACAGAACAGAGGAGCUUCGCAGAUUAAAAGGGCUCAACAGUCUGAUCUACUUGAGAAGGAUGUUAACCAAUCUCUUGAAGUAAACAUAAGUCACCAAAAUCCAAUAGGAACACCACCUAAGCCCAACCCUAUCCCAAAGCAAACUAAGCCAGCAGAUUCGCUCUUAGGAUUAGAGUUUUUUGGGAGCGACUCCCCUCCCACAGCUCGUCCCUCCAGUGCAGUACAGACACCUGGCACACAGUCCCGCCCCGACUUAAAACAGUCAAUACUUUCCCUUUACGCUACCGCUCCUCGGGCUCAACCAUCUCCUAACCCUGCUGCAAUGGCAACUCCACUUCAUUCACCCGCUCAGAGAACCUCUUUUGGUGCUAUGAGUGAUGCUUUUGGCUCAUUAAGUUUUGCCCCCCAGAAAUCACCUGCUAUGGCCACAACGACCGCCACAAAUAUGUCUGCAAAACCAUCACAAAAACCUUCUGCUUUCUCUAAUCUAGGAAAUAUUCCCAACCAAAAUAUUUCUAAUCAUGCAUCGGCCUCAACGUUUAACGGAGGAAACUUCUUCAAUGUGAAUCCUGUGGUACAAUCUACAACACAACUGUCAUCUGACUUUAGCUCGAUAUCUAAUUUUUCUGCGUUUGAUACAGGGCCAGUAUCUCCUCCCGCAAAUCGAGCUUCAAAAACCAUGGACCUUUCAAUUGGAGAAGUGCUCAGCUUCACUUCACAGACUCCUCAAACCUCUACCCCAAGUACGGCUAUUUCUUCACCAUUACCUCAGCAAAAGUCUGUAUUUAAUCUUUCCCAGACUUCACCCCGAAAGAACAUCCAGUCCCCUACCACAAACAGUACUGUAUGGUCUACUAGUGAUGCUUGGGCAAGCAGUGAAACUUGGGGUAGCGCCUCUAAGCCGAGUCCUAAAGAACAGAUAGGCUCUAUAGUAUCGAGCACAGAUGGAUGGGGAUCGUCUGGCGAUGUAAACACAACCCAUGAAGGUGUUGGUAAUAAUCAAAAUAGCGGAAAAGCGCCUCCUGUAAUUAGUACUGACGAAGAAUUCGGAGGUUGGAGCAGUGCCGCAUUAGCCGCGCCCAUGAGCAAUGCCUUACCGCCUAAACCGGCUGCUAGUUUUGCUGUUAGUGACGAUCUUUUUUCAAACGUCUGGGGAUAA